AUGGCUACCGCAGAGCAGAAAACGUUCAUCUCGCAGAUCGACGCCAACAAGGCUGGUCUGAUCAACCGUCUCGCCGAGGCCGUCUCUAUCCCUUCGGUCUCUGGCGAUGCUGCUUACCGCAAGCACUGUUUUGAGAUGGCCGAUUGGCUACUUGCCGAGCUUAAAAAGCUUGGUGCCACCGCUGAGCUCAAGCCUCUCGGCAAACAGACCCUGGAUGGUCAAGAGAUCGAACUGCCACCCGUUAUCCUCGGCGACCUUGGAAAGGACGCGAAGAAGAAGACCAUCCUCGUUUACGGCCACUUUGAUGUUCAGCCAGCACUCAAGUCUGACGGGUGGGACACCGAACCUUUUAGGCUCAUCACCGAUGAAAAGACUGGUCGCAUGUACGGCCGUGGCUCGACGGAUGACAAGGGACCCAUUCUUGGCUGGCUCAACGUUAUCGAGGCUCACCAGCAGUCUGGUAUCGAGAUGCCCGUCAACUUGAAGUUCUGCUUCGAAGGUAUGGAGGAGAGUGGAAGUGUUGGUCUUGACGAGCUGAUUGCUGCUGAGAAGGAUUCUUUCUUCCAGGGCGUCGACGCUGUUUGCAUCUCGGACAACUACUGGCUUGGAACUAAGAAGCCUUGUUUGACACACGGUCUUCGUGGUAUUGCCUACUUCAAGCUGGCCAUCUCGGGUCCUGCUCGCGACCUGCACUCUGGUGUCUUCGGCGGUACUGUGCACGAGCCCAUGACUGACUUGUUCACGAUCAUGUCGAAGCUCGUCACUGCCAAGGGUAAGAUCUUGAUCCCUGGUAUCAAGGAGCUUGUUGCACCCUUGACCGACGAAGAGCGCAAGCGAUACGACGUGAUGGACUUUUCCCUGGACGACAUUGAAGGUGCCACUGGUAGCAAAACAACCGUCAGCGACGACAAAGCUACUGUCCUCAUGGGACGUAUGCGAUACCCCUCUCUCUCUUUGCACGGUAUCGAAGGAGCCUUCUCCGAACCCGGCACCAAGACCGUUAUCCCCGCCAAAGUCGUCGGCAAGUUCUCCCUGCGUCUGGUCCCCGAUAUGACCCCCGACAAAGUCAACGAGCUGGUCACCAAAUACGUCAACGACGAGUUCGGCAAGAUCGGAAGCAAAAACAGCAUCAGCAUCACCAGCGAACACGGUGGCAAACCCUGGUUGGCUGACCCUAACCACUGGAACUACGAGGCAGCGAUCAAGGCUACUGAAACCAUCUACGGUGUUAAGCCUGACUUGACUCGUGAAGGUGGUUCGAUUCCGGUUACGCUCACUUUUGCAGACACGCUGCAGAAGAACGUGCUACUGCUGCCAAUGGGUAGGAGCGACGACGGUGCUCAUUCGAUCAACGAAAAGCUGGACAUCUCGAACUAUAUCGAGGGUACCAAGUUGCUCGGUGUCUAUCUGCACGAGAUUGCUGCUGUCAACUGA